UUCACAUAUUUACAAAAGCAACCCUUCAAUUACAAUUUUGUUUUUCUUCUAUUUUUCAUACAAAUGGCACCCACCUUGUUCGAAACCGAAUCCAACGGUACUAAAAUGGUUGCUGGAGUUAGCCACACGUCUACAGUGACGUUGGCUGGAUCGAGCUUUGUUGCUGACAGUCACGUCAUCUUAUCUGACGUCCCUUCGAAUGUUAAUGCUUAUUGUUCUGGGGUUUCAAGUGGUUGCUUUGUUGGUUUCGAUGCUUCGGAAGCAAGUAGUCGACAUGUGGUCCCGAUCGGGAAGCUCAGUGGUAUUCGGUUCAUGAGUAUAUUCCGGUUCAAGGUUUGGUGGACCACACAUUGGGUUGGUUCGAAUGGUCGAGACUUGGAGCAUGAGACGCAGAUGGUCAUGCUUGAAAAGUCUGACUCUGGACGUCCUUAUGUUUUGAUACUCCCAUUACUGGAAGGUCCUUUUCGAGCUGCUCUGCAACCCGGAAACAACGAUUUUGUGGAUGUCUGUGUCGAGAGUGGGUCAACAAAAGUUUCAGACACUUCUUUCAGAAGCGUCGUUUACAUGCAGGCGGGCCCUGACCCAUAUGUUCUUAUGGAGAAAGCAAUGAAAGUUGUCCAAGAGCACCUUGGAACGUUCAAGUUAUUGGAGGAGAAAACGCCACCUGGUAUUAUCGAUAAGUUUGGAUGGUGCACAUGGGAUGCCUUCUAUCUGACCGUUCACCCUCAUGGAGUCAUCGAAGGCGUUAAAGGUCUAGUCGAAGGUGGGUGCCCACCUGGACUCCUGCUGCUCGAUGACGGGUGGCAGUCCAUAUCUCACGACGACGAUCCGAUCGACUCAGAAGGCAUGAACCGAACAGCUGCAGGUGAACAGAUGCCAUGCAGGCUGACGAAAUUUGUAGAAAAUUACAAGUUUCGAGAAUACGAGAGUCCCCGACCUGAGGCCCCUAACAAAGGCAUGGGAGCUUUUGUUAGGGAUCUCAAAGAGGAUUUUAAGAGUGUAAAGUAUGUGUAUGUUUGGCAUGCCCUUUGUGGAUAUUGGGGUGGGGUAAGGCCCAAUAUACAUGGGCUCCCAGAAUCAAGUGUAGUGAAGCCCAUGCUAUCGCCUGGACUCGAGAAGACAAUGGAAGAUCUGGCCGUUGAUAAAAUCGUCAAUAAUGGAGUUGGGUUGGUCCCACCAGAAAAAGUUGAUCAACUGUAUGAAGGUCUACACUCGCAUUUGGAGUCCGCUGGCAUUGACGGAGUCAAAGUUGACGUCAUUCAUUUAUUGGAGAUGUUAUCUGAAGAUUACGGUGGAAGAGUAGAGCUCGCAAAAGCAUACUACAAAGCGUUAACGUUGUCGAUGAGAAAACACUUCAAGGGCAACGGCGUAAUUGCAAGUAUGGAGCAUUGUAACGACUUCAUGUUCCUUGGCACCGAGGCCAUAGCAUUGGGCCGUGUUGGGGACGAUUUUUGGUGCACCGAUCCAUCAGGUGACCCUAACGGUACAUUUUGGUUACAAGGGUGUCACAUGGUACAUUGUGCUUAUAACAGUUUGUGGAUGGGGAACUUUAUACAACCGGACUGGGAUAUGUUUCAGUCCACUCAUCCUUGUGCUGAGUUUCACGCCGCGUCUCGAGCCAUUUCUGGUGGUCCGAUUUAUAUCAGUGACUCUGUCGGGAAACACAACUUCGACUUGCUCAGGAGCCUCGUUUUACCCGAUGGGUCAAUCUUACGUUGCCAGUGGUAUGCCCUCCCGACCCGCGAUUGUUUAUUCAAAGACCCACUCCACGACGGAAAAACCAUGCUCAAAAUUUGGAAUUUGAACAAGUACACCGGAGUCGUUGGAGCGUUCAACUGCCAAGGAGGAGGAUGGUGUCGUGAAUCGAGGCGCAACAAAUGCGCUUCAGAGCACUCCCAUGUCGUGACCUCAACUAUCGGCCCUACCGACGUCGAAUGGCACAAAGGGAAACCCUCGGUAUCUGUGGAUGGUGUCCAAGCCUUCGCAUUAUACCUGUUCCAUGAAAAGAAGCUGAUCCUAGCAAAACCGAGCGACAACAUUGAAAUUGCACUAGAGCCAUUCAAUUUCGAGCUCGUAACUAUAUCUCCUAUCACUGUGAUGCCCAACAAAUCGAUCCAGUUCGCCCCCAUCGGGCUUGUGAACAUGUUGAACUCCGGUGGCGCUCUCCAAUCAGUUGAAAUUUUGUCGAACGUCGAUGGAUCAUGUACAGUUCGAGUCGAGGUCAAAGGUGCCGGAGAAAUGAGGGUAUUUGCAUCUGAAAAACCGAUCAAAUGUCAUAUUAACGGGGACAAUGUGGAGUUCAAGUAUGAGGAGCAUAUGGUCAUGGUUCAAGUGGCUUGGCCUAUCACAAGUCUGUCGAUCAUUGAAUACGUCUUUUGAAAUAUCAGUAUUACUUUUUCGAAUGUAUAUAUUUUCUAUUUUCAA